AUGAUAUUUCCAUCUCAAAAAGAUCAUUGUUUUGAUCUUCUUUCAAAAAUUUUUGGAAUGUUGAAUGAUCCCAGUCUUUGUGAUGUAAGCAUCUCAAUAGAAGGAACAGUUUUUUGGGCUCAUAGAUGUGUUUUGAUAGCUGCAUGUCCAACUCUAUUUGACAUAAUUGUUAAAGAAUCUGAAAACUCUAAGAAAAAGAUUGUUCAGUUGAGUCUUCAAGGCUUUUCGGUUUCUGGAUUCAAUGCAUUUUUAUUGUAUGUUUAUACUGGUCAACCUCCUGAUGUAAAUGAUGAAUCUUUGAUGCAUGAUUUUGUAAAAUCUUGCUGUGCACUUGGUGUAUCUAUCCCUCCAAAUAAGGAAAACAAAGAUUAUUAUGAUAAAAUGGAGCAAUUGCAUAAAGAUACAGAAAUAGUUAUGGAAGUUACAGAUGUUUCAUAUGACAAAAACAACGAAUCUGAAGUUGCAGCAGAAUCGGAUGACGAUGACCAUGCUGAAAGCCCGGUUGAUCUGAGUGUUAAUGAUAUAUUUGAGAAUUUAAACACAGCUGAUGAGGUUGAUAAAGAUUUGCAUGAUGAAAAUGUCUUGCCUGAAAAUGACAACAUAGGAGGUGAAGAUAAGGCAAAACAUCAAGAGGAACCAGCCAAAAAAGAUGUCAAGUUGCAGUCACUUUUUUCAGUAAAGCGAAGGGAUGGGGAGGAUGAUGUUGCAUCUGAGUAUACUCUAUUGAUAUCAAAAUAUCCUAUAAAGCAGAAACGUAAAAGACCUGUAGUAAAACAUAACCCAAUACUUCCAGCUGAACCACCUUUUGCUUGUCCAUUUAAUAGCUGUGGGAAAAUUUUUGAAACUUUUGAUAAGUUGAAAAGACAUUACUAUAUUCACAGAGAAAAAAAACACAUUUGCAAUGUAUGUGGAAGAAAGUUUUUAUUAAAGAUCGAUCUAACCAUUCAUUGCAGAAUUCAUACAGGAGAAAAACCAUACGCAUGUACUGAAUGCGGUGCUAAAUUUACCCAAAAAAGCACUUGGAAAAAUCAUCUGCCAACACACAUGAAUGAUGCGCCCAAGUUUCCAUGCAACUUAUGUGAUAAAACUUAUACAUCUGCUCGCAGUUUAAGUCUUCAUAAGAAAGAAAAACAUACGGACAAAAAAUGUUCACCUAUUUGUCAUAAUUGCAAUAAAUCAUUUGAGAGCCGUGCUGCUUAUAUUUCACAUAUGAAAAAGGAGUGUGAUUCUUGCAACUUUCGUUGUACAAAGUGCGACAAAAGAUAUCACAUGAAAAAAUCCUAUGAGCUCCAUGUAAAAAAAUGUUCAGUUUCAUUUGAUCAUCAGUGCCAUCUUUGUGACAGGGCAUUCAAAAAUAAAAAACAACUUUCAACUCACAAAUUUAACUUCCAUACAACACCAAAAUAUAAUACUAGGACAGACAAUGUUUCAACUGCUUCAAUUGAAGUGUUGAUUGAUUCGAAUGAGGUGGAAACUAAUGGGAAAAAUGAAAUGUAUGAUUUUGACAGUGUGAUACUUGAAGAAGUAGUUGAUGAGACAUGA